UCCUCACUAUGGGAGUGAGCACUUAUACAGAUGAGUACACGUCUCCAAUUCCGCCUUGCAGGUUGUUCAAGGCCUUAGUCCUUGAUGCUGACAUCCUUGUCCCAAAGUUCAUGCCCGAGGCUCUUAAGAGCAUCGACACCAUCCAAGGUGACGGAAGAGCAGGAAGCAUCAAGCAGAUCAACUUCACCGAAGGUAGCCAUAUCAUUUCUGUGCGAAAUAGGGUUGAUGAGGUGGAUGAUGAGAACUAUGUGUAUAAUUACACUUUGAUUGAAGGAGAUGUUUCAGUAAUGGAGAAACUUGAGUUUAUUUCUUAUGAGGUGAAGUUUGAAGCUACCCCAGAAGGGGGCAGUAAGAACAGGAUGGUGAGCAAGUACCACACCAAAGGUGGCAUUGUGCUCAAUGAGGAAGACAUAAAGGCUGGCAGAGAAAAGGCCUUAGGGAUGUACAAAGUAGUGGAAGCCUACCUCCUCCAAAACCCAGAUGUCUAUGCUUGA